AUGGCUCUAGCCUACUAUUUCUUCCGCUUCUACAUAUCAUCUCCCCUAACAUGGGCCCUCCCAGUGCAGUUUCUAUCAUCCAGCCAGUGCAAUUUUCUGUCCAUGGCAUCUGCGGUAGGACAGAGAGGACAACCGGUUGCAAUCCAUGAUCAUCUUUCAGUAUCUCAAUCCAUGAUAGUUUUGACCAUCGAUGCGGAAGAGCAAGGAGAAAUAACAGAGAUGGCUUCUCCACACCACAUAGUUCUUUUUCCUUUCAUGUCCAAAGGCCAUACCAUCCCACUCAUUCAUCUAUCCCACCUCCUCUUCAACCGUGGCCUAAUCAUCACCAUCUUCACCACUCCUUCAAACUCUCCUUUCAUCCGCCACUCACUUGGCAGAACCCAAGCCACCAUUAUCGACCUCCCCUUCCCAGGAGAUAUACCACAACUCCCCGCCGGAGUGGAAAGCACAGACCAGCUCCCUUCCAUGGACCUCUUGCUUCCCUUCCUGGAAGCCACCAAACUCUUCCAGUCCCACUUCGAAAAGGCUCUCCAGAAUCUGCAAGGUGUCAUCUGCAUAAUAUCAGAUGGCUUUCUUGCCUGGACCCAGCAAUCAGCAUCAAAAUUCAAUAUCCCUAGGGUAGCUUUCUAUGGGAUGAACAACUACUCCAUGUCCAUCUGUCAGACGGUGAUCCGAGACCGACCCCACAAAGGAAUCACCUCCAAUGACCAGCCAUUCUCUCUUUCUUCCCUCCCUUGGCUACAAAUCACAAAGAAUGACCUUUCAUAUCCAUUCAAUGAUCCAGAUGCUUCAGGUCCUUUUUAUGACUUCGUCAAAGAGACAAUUGAAAAGCUGUCGGAGAGUUAUGGAAUGAUCGUAAAUGACUUCUACGAAUUGGAACCUACUUACACUGACUACUGGAACUGUAAUUUCAAACCUAAAGCUUGGUGCGUUGGCCCGCUGUGUCUGGCCAUGCCAUGUGCUGGGAUUCCAACCAAAACCUCUAUCGAGGUGCAAUGGCUCGAUGAACGGUUGUCCAUGAAACGCUCGGUCUUGUAUAUUGCAUUCGGCACGCAGGCGAAGAUGCAAUCUGCACAGUUGGCUGAGAUUGCAACUGGGUUGGAGCGAUCGGGGGUGGAUUUCUUGUGGGUGCUGAAAUCGAAUGAAGUGGAGUUGGGAGACGGGUUCGAAGAGCGGGUUGCUGGGAGGGGUUUGGUUAUUAGGAAGUGGGCUGCACAAAUGGAGAUACUGGGACAUAAAAGCGUGAGAGGAUUCAUGAGCCAUUGUGGUUGGAAUUCGGUGAUGGAGAGUGUUUGUGCGGCGGUGCCGAUCUUGGCUUGGCCGAUGAUGGCGGAGCAGCAUUUGAAUGCGAAGAUGCUAGUGGAGGAGCUGGGGAUCGGUUUGAGGAUUGGAGCUGGGCAUGGGGAAGGUGGUGAUGGAUUGGUAAGGUCAGAUGAUGUGGAGAAGAUGGUUAGGGAAUUGAUGGUGGGAGUGAAGGGGAAGGUGGUGGGAGAGAAGGUGAAGGAGAUUGGGGAAGCGGCGAGGAGGGCUAUGGAAGAAGGUGGAUCAUCGUACCGUACGCUGGACUUGCUCAUCGACGACGUCUGCCAAAAGAGGUGAAUCUGAUCAAAUUCUCUCAGGGCUGAUUUUUGGAUGAUGAAUCUCGGAGAAUGGUCCAUCAACAUUGCGGCCCUGGACGGUAUGGAUUGGCGUGCACGUCGACUGCAAGUAUAAAUGAAUAUUGAU